AUGAAGCGAAAUCGACCAAGCGGGUCUCAGCAACGAAAAAUUAAGAAGGCAAGAGAAAAGUCAGCUGAGGCGAUGUCUGGAUCAGUUUUAAAAUAUGUUGCACUUUCAACAUCUAUUGCAGUAGGAGAAAGUGCUGAAGACAUUCAGCCUGUUGAAUCCAGAGGUGAAAUGCCUGAAGUAUCUUCUCAAGAAGCUUCAUAUGUGAAAGCGCAAGAAAUGGAGAAGAUCAUUUUAUCUUCAAGCGGUGAAAGUGAUGUAGACGAAGGAGAUGCCAGCAGAAGCCUGCAUCAGCAAGACUCUGAUGAUGAUGAUGAAGAAGAAGAGGAGACUGUUCAAAUGUCAGUUUAUUCUGAUAUUGCUGCUUGGCCAGUUCCAGUUCCAGAUGUUUUAAGAGUGGACCUUAUUAAGAGGGGAAGUGAACCUUUCCAAAAUAGAGAUGGGCCAUUCAGUCCUGUUGAAAGGCAAGGAGAGAAAUCAAAAGGGAAGACUCGACAGCUGACCAUUGCAUGGUUCUAUAAGGCUCUGCCUAAUAGUGAAAAGAUUCUUAGAACAUGGAUGGUGUACUCUCCAUCAAAACAAAGUUUAUUUUGUUUUUGCUGCAGACUUUUUGCUGUUGAUGACAAAGUAACAGGGGCAUCCAGUUUUGUUACUGGGUUUCAAUUGUGGUGGAAGCUGAACUCAAAGGUGUCUGAUCAUGAGGCUUCUGAGCAGCAUCUUACAUGCUUGGAGAAAUGGAAGACCUUGAGAGCAGGAUUGAAGCUACAAAAAUGCAUUGAUCAUGUCCAUCAAACAACAGUGGACAGAGAGAAAAGGAAAUGGAGGGAUAUUUUGCAUCGCCUUUUGGAUGUAACUUUGUUUCUGGCUCACCAGAAUCUUCCCUUUCGUGGUCAUAGAGAGACCAUGUCAUCCGCAAAGGCAACUUCCUCGAAUUGGUAG